AUGCAGAACGGCGCCAAAUACUCCGACAGUGAGAGCGAGCUGUCAGAGCCCGCAGAGCCUGCUGCUGCCGAAGCCUCGCCGUCACAUGUCGACAACGAGGAUGUCGAUGAACACAUGAUGGAACAUGAUGAACUCAGCUCAGAUGAGCCUGAUGCUGAAGGUGACGCCGACUAUGAGAUGGAUGUCACCAUGCGGGUUAAUGGUACACAAGUCGACGAGGGCCAUUCCUCCUCGGAUGAAUCCAUUAGACCUGUCAAGAGAAAGGCACAUCCGGUCGGUGAAGAUGACUAUAUUCGGAAUAACCCAGAAAUGUAUGGUCUGAGACGAAGUGGAAGGGCUCGACAUGUCCCCAAUAUGGCAGAAUCCUCUGAUGAUCAUGAGUCGGACUCAGACGUUGUUGCUCCUCCCCGGAAGCGGGCGCGUCACGUUUCUCAACGCUCAUCAAAGCAGCCUACCCCGAUAGUCGAGUCUCCCUCUGACUCCGAUGACGAUUCCGAUGCUUACGGCGGUCGACGCGCAAAGCUAUCCAAGAAGCAGCGCCGGAGGUUGUUGCAGUCUGCCGAGAGCCUAACACCUCAACACGCUGAAAUCCGCUUCUCCACCCGUCGAGCUGCGAAGGUGUCUACGUACAAUGAAGACGACGACGAUGACAUGUUCGAGGAGGAAGAUCCUGAGAUGAUGACACCUAACUACUGGGUGAACGGUCAAGACGACAACUCGCCCGCAAUUGAUAUUGUCUUGAACCAUCGUCUCAAGGCUGACGUUACCACCCCGACGUAUUUGAAAGAUGAGUACGAGUAUCUCAUCAAGUGGCAGCAGAAAGCCUACUACCACGCCACGUGGGAGACGAUCGAGUCUCUUGCUGGCGUCCGGAGCGUUCGGCGGCUGGAAAACUACAUCAAGAAGACCCUGAUGGAGGAUAUUCGCAUUCAAACUGAUCCUACCAUCGCACCCGAAGACAAAGAAAAGUGGAUAUUAGAUCGUGAGCAAUACAUUGAUGCUCUCGAUGACUACAAGAAGGUCGAAAGGAUCAUCGGAGAUCGCGAAGGUGAAGAAGGCACUGAAUACUACGUCAAGUGGAAGGGCCUCUUCUAUGACCAAGCCACCUGGGAGGCGUCGAGCCUGAUCAGCCAGAUUGCACAGAACGAAAUCGACAGAUAUAUCAACCGCAGGAGAGAAGAUGUCAAGUCCAACCAGACUGAGAGCAACCCCUCGACCCGCUCACCAUUUCAACCCGUCCGCGACCAGCCCUCCUAUAUCCAAGGCGGAACACUCAGAGAUUUCCAGAUGACUGGCCUGAACUUUCUUGCAUACAACUGGGUCAAAAGCAAGAAUGUCGUCCUUGCCGACGAGAUGGGGCUGGGCAAGACCGUCCAAACUGUUGCGUUCCUGAGUUGGCUCAGACACGACCGUGGCCAACAGGGACCUUUUCUUGUCACUGUUCCCUUAUCAACUAUGCCGGCCUGGGCAGAAACUUUCGAUCUGUGGGCGCCUGAUGUCAACUACGUGGUCUACAACGGCAAUCAAACCGCCCGAAAUAUCAUCAAAGAUUACGAGCUGCUACCAGAUGGAAACUUUCGCCAUCCGCGCUUUCAUGUCCUCCUCACAACAUACGAGUAUGUGUUGCAAGAUGCGCCAUUCUUGAGUCAGAUUAAAUGGCAGUUUAUGGCUGUUGAUGAAGCCCACCGUCUUAAGAAUCGUGAUUCCCAGUUGUACGAUCGAUUGCGAGAAUUCAAAGCUCCAGCUCGACUACUUAUCACCGGUACUCCUGUACAGAACAAUCUCGGGGAAUUGUCUGCCUUGUUCGACUUCCUGAACCCGGGUGUCGUCAAUAUCGAUGAGAAUAUGGACCUGACCAACGAGGAAGCAAGCGCUAAGAUCGCCAAACUCACCGAGGACAUCAAGCCAUAUAUGCUUCGCAGAACUAAGCAGAAAGUCGAAAAGGACCUGCCGCCAAAGUCCGAAAAGAUAAUUCGCGUUGAACUGUCCGACAUCCAGCUUGAAUACUAUAAGAAUAUCCUGACCAAGAACUAUGCUGCUCUCAACCAAGGUGCCAAGGGCCAGAAGCAAUCUCUUCUAAACAUUAUGAUGGAGCUGAAGAAGGCCAGUAAUCAUCCGUUCAUGUUUCCCACCGCCGAGGAACGCCUUGUCCCGGAAGGCGCUCGUCGUGAGGAGGUGUUACGUGCUCUGGUUACAAGUAGUGGUAAGAUGAUGCUUCUUGACCAACUUCUGACCAAGCUCAAACGCGACGGCCACCGUGUCUUGAUCUUCAGCCAGAUGGUCAGAAUGCUCGACAUCCUCGGUGACUACAUGGAUUAUAGAGGUCAUGCCUAUCAACGACUCGACGGCACUAUUGCUGCUGGUCCUCGCCGCGUUGCCAUCGAUCAUUUCAAUGCCCCGGACAGCACUGACUUCUGCUUCUUGCUCUCCACCCGAGCUGGUGGUCUUGGGAUCAACCUUAUGACCGCCGACACGGUCAUCAUCUUCGAUUCCGAUUGGAACCCACAGGCAGAUCUGCAAGCAAUGGCUCGAGCUCACCGGAUUGGCCAAGUCAGGCCAGUGAGCGUGUACCGUUUGGUUUCCAAGGAGACCAUAGAGGAGGAAAUCCUCGAGCGCGCCAGAAACAAAUUGAUGCUUGAAUUCCUGACCAUUCAGCGUGGUGUUACAGACAAGGAGACACAGGCUCGCCGGAGUGCCUUGGUCGGGGAACCGGGCAGUUCCAGUGAGAUCUCAAGAAUUCUCAAGAAACGUGGUCAAAAGAUGUUUGAGCAGACCGAUAACCAGAAGAAACUCGAGGAGCUGGAUCUGGAUGCUGUGCUCAAUAACGCCGAGGACUACAAAGUUGAGCAACCGGAUGGUACCGACGCCGAUGGGGGAGAAGAGUUUCUGCGAAGUUUCGACUUUGUCGACGUCAAGGUUGAUGAACUCUCUUGGGACGAUAUCAUCCCCAAGGAGCAGCUGGAAGAAAUUAAGAAAGAGGAGCAACGAAUGGCCGACGAAAAGUUCCUCGCGGAAAUGAUUGAGCAGAACAAACCCCGAAGCCGGAAUAUACAGGCGGAGGACCGUGAGGUGCGCAAAGCUCGACGGCAGGAACAGCGCCACAAAGACAUCGAUUCGGAGAGCGAAUCCGACGAAGGUCCAAAGGCAGAUCCGGCACGUCCGUUGAGCGAGCGUGAAUAUCGAUAUCUCAUUAAGGGUCAUCUCCGUUAUGGCUCUAUCGAGGACCGUGAAGAAGAGUUUUUAACGGAAGCUCGCCUUCGAGGUAGAGACCUUUCCGUGGUCAAGGCUGCGAUGAAAGAGAUCUUGGACAAGUCAGAGGAGCUAUUCAGAGAAGAGCAGAGACGAAUGGCCGAGCUCGAACGGUCAUCAAAUCGGCCAAUCACCAAAAAGGACAAAAAAGCAGUUCUUUUCGAGUUACACGGGGUCAAACGGAUCAACGCUGAGACCAUUCUUGAGAGACCUGGAGAGAUGCGUCUGCUCCGAGAUGUAACGUCAAAAGACCCAGAUUUCAAAUCAUUCCGCAUUCCAGAAGCGACCAAAGCCGCGGGCUAUUCCUGUCCGUGGGGUGCGAGGGAAGAUGGUAUGCUGUGUGUGGGUAUUGCCCGACAUGGCUACGGUGCUUGGGAAAAGAUCCGUGACGACCCCGAUCUUGGCCUGAAAGACAAGUUAUUCCUGGAGGAGCAUCGAGUGGACAAGAAAGCAGAACGCGAGAGAUUGGAUGACAAAAACGCCAAAUCUCCCGGUGCAGUCCACCUUGUUCGACGCGCCGACUAUCUCCUUUCUGUCCUCAAGAGCAAGUAUGUGGAUGACCCCGUGGCCAGGCGAGCUGUGGAAAACCACCACCGCAACAACAAGAAAUACCACGCCGAGAAAUCUGGCGGCGGCGGGUCUCCCGCCUCCAUCGUAAAUCGCAAGGUACAUCGCGAAUCUGAGAAGCCUCGACACAGAGCAGUCAGCCAGACUCACCGCGAAGGCUCUGAAAGAUAUGGGACCCCGAAAUCUGAGAGUCGUCACGGUCAUAUCAAGCACGAAAGUGAGGGCAGAGAACAUAAAGAGCGCAGACAUCGUGACGAACAUGCUCACAGCUCCCACCAUCGACAUGGUAGUGACCAUCGACGAACUGAAAAUUCGGCCAAUGCCACUUCGUCCGAAGUUGAUCCUCUGUUGGACAUGUUGUUCAGGCCUGUCAGAGAAAGCUUGAGGAAGAUCAAGGCGACAACAAAGAGCGCUAUACCGGAUGGACAGACCCGGGCGAAUGAACUGCGAGUCCUGCUCAAGCAGAUAGGCAAUUUCAUCACCGAUCAAGUUGCCGAACUCGACGACAACCAGGAAUCCGUGGAGAAGCGCUUCUGGGACUAUGCCGCCACUUAUUGGCCUAACAAGGGCAUUAAAGGCAAAGAGCUUCAAAACAUCCACGGCAAGAUCGUUGCAUCAGAUAACAAGCUUGCAGGCGAAGGUUCACCCAACGACGAAUCCAGUAACGUCGACGGUCGAGCGACGAAUGGGAGUUACCAGACUUCACCUCCUCGUUAG